CCCGGCAGCGCUAAUGCACCACUAACGCCGCUGACCCACUACCAUCAUCAGCAGCAACACCACCAUCUGCAGCAGCAGCAGCAGCUACAGCAGCAGCUACAGCAACAACAACAGCAACAACAACAACACCACCACAUCUACUCUUAUGUGCUGCCAGCGGCUACACAUAUUGCAGCCUGAGUGGUGCCGUGGUGCAGUGGUGCAGUGGCACGGGGCGACAGGCGUACACUUUGAGUUUGAGCGGAUCCCCCCUCCGCACAGCAUAGAGGAGUGAAGCUCCGCAUGUAACGGAUUCAUGCAAAGGAGGCAAAACUUUAGUUGUAGUAUAUAAAAAAAAAACUUUAAAAAAUGCAAAAAAAAAAAAAAUUAUAAUAUAUAUAUAUAUACAUAUAUAUAUAUAUAUAUAUUAAUUUAUAUGGCAAGCCUAACCCAGUUUAGUGAAAUUUUUGACCGGCCGAUGAAAUGUUGAGCGAAAAUUGUAGGUACCAAAAAACAAAAACAAAAAAUGACAAAACAAAGCUUAACGAGAAAAACAAAAACCAGCAAAGGGAAAUCUUGUAGUAAAAUAUACAUCAAAAAAUAGAUCAGAUUAGAUUGAGAGAACUAAAUCUAGACAGUUGAUAUGCCCCAAUAGAUAUAUUCAUAUGUGUAUUAAUAUAUAUAUUUACAUAUAUAUGUCUAUAAGAGCUGCAAAAGAUUUUUGAAACAUUUUUAACUAUGGUUGUUCCGAUAAUUUCCAUUUAGCCUUUGUUUUCGAACUAAGAUCGAGCCUUUAUUCAUUUUUGUUCAGCUUCAUUAACCCUUUCAUUUCGACCAUAUUCAUGAAAUGGAAUUGAGACAUUGCAAGAAUUUGAUCUGUUAUUUUUCUAAACAACCUUUAUCCAUUCAUUUAAGACAUUUUUAAAGCAGAAUAACAAAGUUAAGGGAAUAACAUAAAGAAGAGAAAACAAAAAUACAUAUAAAAUUGAACAUUAAUAAUAAAAAAGAAAACAUAAGUAUAGCUUAACCGAAUGUGCCCUUUAAAUAGCUCUCUUUCUAGAAUUAUUAAAAGACAAACAAAAAGUUAAAGAAUUACGAAAAAAAAAACCAAAAACAAAAACAUCUGUAUAUGUGUGUAUAUGCAUUAAAGUAAUAUCUUGUAUCUAGUAAUACAAUUUUGAAAUGUUAUUUAAAGAUAAUGAAAGCUAAUGAAAACAAAAACAAAAAACAAAAACAAAAAACCCACACAUAAAAUAUUUAACAACGAGAACUAGUCGAUGUCAUCAAAAGUAAAAUCUAUAUUGAGAAAAACUGAACGCUGGUUUCGAAAUUUAUUUGUUAUAAAAACGUACAUUUAAAUUGUGAAUUCGACACGGCAUUAAGCUUGAAAUGCGCUGUUAAGACUCUCGUAAUACAUACAAACAUACAUACAUGCAUAUAUAAAUAUAUAUAUAUUUUAACUAACUAACCAGUUAGGGGAACCAGGAACUGUAGCUGGAACUGGCAUUACAGCUGGUAUAAUUAGAUUCAGACACUCUCGACACACUUUCCGCCCAAAAAAAAUAACACAAGCAAAAAAUGAAGAAACUGAAAUUUCUGCAAAAGCUCUCUCUUAACCGCAUAAAGACUAGAAAAUUGAUAAGCUUGUAUUGUUGAUAAUCCAACAAACAAAAACAUUCCUAACUCGAUUUCAGAAAAAUGCUAGAACAAUCAACACACACAUUUCUUGCUAAAAAAAAACCAAAACAAAAACCAACGAACCAGAGACAGCGGGGUAACUACAGGCAGAAACAAAGGCAACAACAACCCAACAACCAACACAAACAACUUUUGAUUACGGGAACGACAAGCGGUCGUACUUUUCGAUUGCAAAAUCAGUAACAUAUCAUCUUACGUAGCAGCAGUAGCAGCAAUUAUGGAACUACUUACAUCUAUUGUAACUAAAUGAAGCAACUACAAGUACACUUAUGCUAAAGCAAUGUUAUAGUUAAAAGCUAAAACAACUAUUAGGCAACCAUCAAGAACACCAACAACAACAACAACAACAACAACAAAACAAACAACCAAACGAAAAGGCAAGACAUAGGCUUUUAAGUAGCUAAUUACAAAAACGGCAAACUCUACAAUUUGAAAGAAAGAAAAGAAACAAGACAUUCAUCAUCUGAAUUGGCAGCCGUUGCAGUUUAUCAGCAUUGUUUAAAUUAUAGGCAUACACGUUUAUUAUUUAAAAUUUACACUUUAAAUUAAAUUUUAUAUUUACCAAAGUUGUCCUUACUAAAUAACAUAAACCCGAAUUACGUUAACCAUUCCCCACAUUUGUUAAACAAACCAACAGCAAAAUAAUAUAAUAAUUAUAAAUAAAUAACAAUAUAACUCUAUUUAAUUUACUUAGUUAAGCUUAAAACAACUAGACAUACCAAAGGCAUAUUUGAAACAUUUGUUAAAGCAAAAAAAAAAAAGAUAACAAAAAAAUAUACGAAAAAUAUGUUGUAGCAAUUAUUGGUAAUGGAUUUCCAGCGCAUAUUUAUAAAAAUAAUAAUAAUAAUAAUAAUGUUGAAUGUUGAAUUUUCUACUUCUCAUUUUGUCUACUUUCAACAAUUGAUUUCAUAUAUGUAAAAUUUCAAUUGACUUUAGUCAAAUGUAAAAGCAUACUCCGUCCAAUUACAUUUCUUGCUUACUCUUGCCUAUCAUUAUUAUCAUCAUCAUCAUCACCAUCAGCAUCAUUAGCAUUGUCAUCAUCAUCAUAAUAAUGAUCAUUACAUUCGGGCGUGUUGGUACAUCAUCUGUUUGAAAAUACAUGCUAUACAUAACCAAAAUCUAUUCAUAGGUCUGUAAAGAAACCGACACAUAUAAACCAAUUCCCUACUAUACACACACACACACACACACCCUUAGGAAGAUCUAGCUAUAAGUGAACAAGAUUAAUUAUAUUAAUACUAAUGCAUAUCAUAAAAUUGCGCCUUUAACGAAAUUAAAGAACAAAAACAAAACAAAAACCAACAAAAUUAAUUAUGAAGCAAAAUAUUUACAACUACAAAUAAGCGUAUAAAUAGAUAAUUAAUUAAACUAAAAAUAAAAAAAGGUUACCAAAAAAAGAAAAACAAAAGGGAAUAGAAGCUAUGCCUAAUACAAAUAUUUUCGAAAUUAAUUUUAAAUGUUAAGGAAUAAGAAAACUUUUCAGGCUUGACGCCUCGAAGUAUGCAAGCAUUUUAGCAAAGAAAAGCAAUGGAAGCGCGUUCUUAUUGACUUGUCUAAGACGCUGCGCGUGUGUGCGUGUGUGUGCGUGUGGCAACCAACACGCCUGCGUCUGAUUAAAAGAAACAUCAAAGCAAAACAUGUUCACGUCUAGUAUAGAUCAUCGACAACUUCUCAUGUAUCUAUAACCAAAAAGAAUAGAAAAACAAAUGUUAAAGACAAAAGCAGUUGCAAAAUUAGCUGCCUUUAGGCUCUUAUUUCAAGACACUCUCCUAACUACAUUCUCAUCAGAAAAAAAAAAAAAAAUACAUAAAUAAUUAAUAAAAAACAAAAUUGAGUAAAACAGUUUGGAAAGUGUGUAUAAAACACUUUUAAACUGGAAUAUCUAAUGCAUCAUGAAAUUAGUUUGUAAAUGUAAAACUAAAACUAAACUAAACAAUAUGAAUUAUGGGAACAUUAUAUGAAUAUAUAAAUACAUUUUUGAAACAAAUAAACAAAAAAUUAUAUAUAUAUAUAUAUAUAUAAAACUACACGCAACUACAACGGAUACAUAUCAGCAAGAUGAAAGAUUUACCAGAUAGAUGCGAAGUAAAAUAAACAAAAAAAAAAAAAAAAACGUUUACAACAAAUUGAUAAGCGAUAUGUUUUGAUGUGGUUUUUAAACAUUUUUUGACAAUGUAAGCGUAAAAAGGCAAAGCAGUUACCAAAAAAAAAAAAUAAGUAAAUAGAACGAGAACUAAAAAAA